UAAAUUCAUUCAUAACAAAAUUUCUGACUGUCGUUUCGAUAUUGUAAUAAUUGUAUUCUAUUUUGCUUUGUGCUACAAAUUAAAAAUAAACAUUUUACGUAAUGAAGUUUUGAUUCGAAUUGUGUGUAUUUAUUUUAAACAAUGAUUCCGUCUAACACUAUCUGCGUCUCACAAGAGGGCCCGGCGAAUGCUCUAGCCCUCAACAAGGAUUGUACCCAAGUGGUAAUUGCUGGAAGAAAUGUAUUCAAAGUAUUUUCAAUUGGUGAUAAUGAAUUUGCUGAGCUGUGCAAUCUACGAGUCGGCAAAAACUUGAAUCUUAAUUUUUCAUCGAUUGAUGUCGCCUGGAGCACCAUUGAAGAGAACACAUUAGCAACAGCAGCUACAAAUGGAGCAGUGGUUGUGUGGAACCUCGGCCGCUCUGGUCGAUCCAAACAGGAACAUGUAUUCUCAGACCACAAGAGGACAGUCAAUAAGGUCAGCUUCCACCUCACAGAGCCAGCGCUGCUCAUCUCCGGCUCGCAGGAUGGUAUGAUGAAAUGCUUCGACCUGCGUAUGAAGGAGGUGGCGCGUACAUUUAUCAGCAACACGGAGUCCAUCCGCGACGUGCAGUUCAGCCCGCACCAGGCCCACACCUUCGCGGCCGUCUCUGAGAAUGGCAACGUCCAACUGUGGGAUGUACGCAAGCACGAGCGGUGCCUGCAGCAGUUCACCGCUCACUCCGGACCUGUGUUCGCCUGCGACUGGCACCCGGAGAUACCCUGGUUAGCCACCGCCUCCAGGGACAAGACUAUUAAGGUGUGGGACGUCCAUGCAAAACCAAAUCUGGAGCACACAAUAUACACCAUAGCAUCAGUGGGGCACGUGAAAUGGAGACCGCAGAGGAAGUACCAGGUGGCGUCGUGCGCGCUGGUGCUGGACUGCGCGGUGCACGUGUGGGACGUGCGCCGCCCGCACGUGCCGCUGGCCACCUUCGCAGAGCACCGGGACGUCACCACCGCCAUCGCCUGGCUCGCCUCGCCGCACGCCUUCCUCUCCACCAGCAGGGAUUGCAGCCUGUACCGGCAUCGGUUCACGGAGGCGGCGCAUCCAGUGUUGUGGGCGAACCCGCAGGGCGUGUGUGUGUCGGCGCGGGGAGAAGUAGCGCAUGCAGCGCCCGAAAGGCCAUUGCCGCCGCCGCUACUGCAUGCGCGCCCACCCGCGCCGCCCGGACUGGGGCGCAAGCAGCCGACGGCGGGCGCGCUGGGCGGCGCGGCGCAGGCGGAGCUGGAGGCGGCGUUCCCGGGCGGCGCGGCGUCGGGCGUGGCGCGGCACGCGGCGGCGCGCGCGCACGGCCCGCUGGUGGGCUGCGCGCGCGGCUACCGGCUGCGGGGCCGCGCGCCGCACGCGCUCGCCGCGCACAACGCGCUCGUCGCGCGCGCGCACCGCCGCCCGCUGGCCGCGCUCGUGUGGGACGUGGCGCGCGCCGCCUGCAGGCCGGCGCCGCACGUGCCCGCACGACGGUACGUACCACCCACCCCUGCGCCCGUGGUGGAGGAGGCGGGCGCGGAGGAGGCGGAGGAGGAGGCGGAGGCGGAGGAGUGGGCGGGCGCGCAGUUCCACAACUCGGGCGUGCUGGGCGUGCCCACGCUCACCGUCUACAUCCCGCCCGCGCGCCGCCUCCGUGCUGCUGACGAGAGCGCGGGCUGGGUGUCGGCCGCGUCCGCGCACUACGUGGACGUGGAGGCGGCCGACUGGACGCUGCCCGAGGAGGCGUUCCCGCUGCGCGCCGCGCAUCCGCAACAUCCGCCGCAUCCGCAGCAUCCGCAACAUCCGCACCAUCCGCACCACCCCCCGCCGCCGCCCGCCCGCGCCCCGCACCUCCCGCGCGACGACCGCGACCUGUGUGACGGGUGGAGCGCGGGCACUAUUUGCGAGCCCGGCUGCGGGCCGGGCUGCGGGCCGGGCUGCGGGCCGGGUUGCGGGCCGAGCUGCGGGCCGGGCUGCGGGCCGAGCUGCGGGCCCGGCUACGGACCAAGCUCGCCUGUCGCGGGCUCGUCCCCGGGCUCGUCGUCGCCGGGCAGCGAACCCGCACCGCCGCCCGCCCACCACUCAUCCCUCAACAUGAUGGAGGAGUCGUCGGAGGGCUCGUCGUCGGCGGCGGAGGCGGGGGUGGGUGCGGCGGGUGGUGCGGGUGGUGCGGGUGGUGCGGGGGGUGCGGGCGGUGCGGGGGGCGCGGGGCGCGUGCCGCUGGACGUGGCGCCGCUGCUGGCGGCGGCGCUGCGCCACCACGCCGACCUGGGGGACGUGCAGACCGCCGCCGCCGUCAUGAUCGUGCUGCAGGAGUACAGAAGUGACUUGUUCCCGUACAUCGACGAGAGUCUUCAGGAACAGUGGCUAUUAGGAUACAUAGAGCUGUUACAACGGCAUAAGCUGUGGAAUGUCGCUACAGAGGUGAUCCGGUGCGCGUGGCUGAGCAGCGUGUGGUCGAUGUCGCAGCAGUCCACCAGCGUGGCCACGUGCUGCGGGGGCUGCGGACGACGCACGCGCCCCCGCCAGCCCUGCGACCGGUGCGCCCCCGGCGCCUCCCCCGACCUGUGCGCCGUCUGCCGCCAGGUGGUCCGCGGUCUGUACGCGUGGUGCCAGGGCUGCUCCCACGGCGGUCACCUGCAGCACAUGAAGACCUGGCUCGAGCAGCACCAGCUCUGUCCAGCCGGCUGCGGCCACCAGUGCCAACUCGGCUGA